AUGUCGCUGUACCAACCAGUGACAAUCCGGAUUGUAUCGAAGAGGACCCGAAAUGCGGUGAUCGGUGUUUCCGGGAUUUUCCUGAAACACGGGGAAGCUGAAUACGUGAUUGCCCUCUCGCAGCUCCCUGCAGGGUUCGAGAAAGACAGUUUCGAGGUGUACUUCACCUCCAUGGCUCUGAUCAGCAACGGUGUGAUUAGCUGGGUUCGUUGCAAAUUUGGGUCGGUGAAUACUAUAUCGGAUAACCUGCUGUUCCAGGAUUUUGGAGGAUUCGGUGUGGUGCCAAAUAUUACGGAUGGAAUUGGCGUAGUCCUCGUGCUGAAACCACUCGGCCAUACCAGAGAUCAUGAUCUGCGCCCUAUACGAUUCACCAGGCUGGAAAGAUCAACUCCUGCAUGCGAAUUUGAAAGUUGUCCCUUUGGGCUUUCGAACGUAUCUAUUUUUUCUGGAUUCCGCGCAUGUGCGGAUAUAUUGUAUUCAGACCCCAAUGGUGCAUACUACCUUGCUGAUCUAAAGUACAUGGACAACAUGAUUGGUGGAAACGUGUGUCUUGGUGCCAAUUCUGUAGGACUGGUAUAUGGUGGACUACGGAAGGUUAAUGGUGAUGGUGAGGUGAUGCUAGUGAUUUCCUGGAAGGUUUUGGCUAGGUACCUACCGUUCAAGCUGGAGAUAGAGGAACCCAUAAGGAAUACGGAAGCGACCAUCCAGAGGGGCCUUUCGAAUGUCGACGUAUUAAACAGGUCAGUUGUCAGAAUAUCGACUGUAUCACCUACUGGCCAACAUCAUUGGGGAUCUGGGGUUCUGGUAGCCCCCAAUGUGGUGGUCACCAACAGACAUGUUUUGAUCGCAGAAGGGGAACCGAUGUCUGCUCGGAUACUGGUGACCUUUUCCUCUGGAAUAACGGUUGAGGUUGAGGGUUCGACUCUGGCUGCAGCUGUGAGUAUCCCUUUUGAAUUCUAUGACCUCUGCUUCAUCAAAUCGGAGCUGUUUGCUCAAAAAGAAUUGGGGUAUGCCUCAGUCGCAAACACCCCGAUAACGGAUCUGGUCACAGACCUGGAGAGAUUCGGGGCCGGAAGCCGGAUUUUCGCUCCACAAACUUCAAAUGAUAAUGUCACGACCAUCGGAUUCGGACUCAUGCAGAAUAAAGCUCCAAUGGUUAGUUCUGGCCAUAAGAAUUUCUCGAAAGAACUGGCUCUUUUCGAUAAUCUUCCAAAUGUCAACGUGCUCGCAAUUGUUUCUGCGUCUUCGUGGAGCGGCUCUUCUGGUGGAGGCGUGUUCCACUCAAACGGCCAAUUUGUGGGGAUAAUGGUUUGCAACGGACGGUUGAGUACGGGGGAAGUAUUGAGUCGGUUUACAUUGGUAAUUCCCUGGCAAAUUGUGGUUAUAGGAUUCUACAAAGUCUACGGGUCUGGUAGCGGCACAAAGCGGGUAAUUGAGGUUUCUGCACCGGCGCGGUCCGAGUGCGAGGCGUUGUGGGGGCUUCGGGAGCCAUACAACGAUGUAUUCAUUGAGAACUUGAAAUUAUAA